AUGAAGCCAACAUCAUUUCGCCCGUUCCAGUCCACUCUCCGAGUGCUGGGCCAUGAGAACCCCCUAGGUCUGCCAAAGUCUGGCACGCCGCCACACUGGCCAAGAAAGCCGGUGCAACGGAAGAUUCAGGGUGUCAGUAAGGUCAUUGCCGUAUCAUCCGCAAAAGGAGGCGUUGGCAAGAGCACGGUCGCAGCGAACUUAUCACUGGCGUUUGCGCGGCUUGGCUACCGCGCAGGUAUCCUCGACACGGAUAUCUUUGGCCCGUCAAUCCCGACACUUUUCAAUCUGUCUGGGGAGCCCAGAUUGUCACAGAACAACCAGCUGGUGCCAAUGACGAAUCAUGGAGUGAAGACCAUGUCCAUGGGAUACCUUGUGCCGGAGAACGACGCAGUGGUAUGGCGAGGGCCGAUGGUCAUGAAGGCUAUUCAGCAACUGCUACACGACGUUGAGUGGGGCAGCUUGGAUGUUCUGGUCCUGGACCUGCCUCCUGGCACAGGAGAUACACAAUUGACCAUCACACAGCAGAUCAUUCUCGACGGUGCCGUCAUCGUCACCACACCUCACACGCUUGCUGUCAAGGACGCGGUCAAGGGCGUCAAUAUGUUCAAAAAAGUCAACACCAACAUCCUAGGACUGGUACAAAACAUGUCACUCUUCAAAUGUCCGCAUUGUCACGGCGAUACGCAUGUGUUCGGAUCCAACGACAGAGUCGAGCGCCUGUGUAGAGAACACAAGAUAGACUUUCUGGGUGACAUUCCACUGCAUCCGUCAAUCGGCGACGACGCGGAUCUCGGCAAGCCGACUGUGGUGUCCGAGCCGACGAGUGAGAGAGCGGAAGCGUUCCUCAAGAUCGCCCAGAGCAUCGCGCCCAAGAUCGAUCUUCGCUCGCCCUGA